AUGAUCGAAUGGACAGAUGCUCAAAUCCGUAUACUCAUUGAUGAACAUAGAAAUAGAAAUGAGGAAUAUCAUAAUCUUGGAAGGAAUCGAACCGAAUUUUGGGCUAGCAUUGCAACCGAAUUAAUCGAGAUCACAAUACGAGCUUUAAUGGGUACCAAUUCGAUGUGUGAGGCAAUAGAAGAGCACGAAGAAGCCGGAUGGGCACGCAAUAUUUUAACGAAUUCUGUACACAUUUUUGGGAGAGGCCUGAAGAUGAUUUCGAAAGAAUCCGCCAAAUAUCGCCGGGUAAUCGAAGAAGCCGGAGAACAUCUAUUGAUAGUCGAAGAAGUAGAAGUCAAUCUCCCUAUCCAUCUUCAAACCGUGAUGGAAUCGUCACUAAUACAAAAAAAUCCCGGUGUUGAAAAUCCUGAGCAAAAUAUUGGCCAUGCCAGCUCUAUCGAAGUAUCAUCUCUUCAACCACUACCUUAUGAGGCCAGAGAUGAAACGCAAAAUAAUGUAGGUGGAAAUUCAAGCCAUAACAUAGAUAACAUAGAUGAUACAAAUGAGAAUUUAGAUGAUUUGACAGAUAUUACCUCAACCCUUAAUAUAUCUGCAUCACAAAAUAAUAGUGAUUUAAGUAUGCCCGAUAUAGAAGGCGGUAGUCAGCCACCCUCUUAUAUGGAAUCUAUAAAUGAGGAAAGUUAA